CGGCAGCUGAAUCUCUUCUGGCUUUGAACAGGUAGAUUUUCCACUCUAGGGAUCGAUCCAUGGCCCAAGAUCGGCAGCGGGAUGCCGUCGACGCAUUUCCCCUUGGCAAACGGCCAUCGAUCGGCCCCAACACGGUCAUGAAUCCAUUCCAGGGGGAGUCUUUGGGUUUUAGUCCAUUGGAGAUUUUCAAGACGAUCGUCGUGCUUCCAAUCUUUCUCCUCCGGCUGGCAAUUCUCGCAGCGGCAUUGAUCUUGGCCUACUGCUCGGUGAGGUGUGGACUCAUCGGUGUCAAAUAUCAUCUUUACAAGCCAUUCUCGCGCUGGAGAAGAAUUCUCCUCUGGCCCCUGAGAAUCUGUGCAAGGAUCGCGAUGUUCGCAUUCGGUUACGUCUGGAUUUCGAUCAAAGGAACUCCAGCUCCUCCGGACGUGGCCCCGAUCGUCCGUCUCCAAUCACGUAUCUUUCUUGGAUCCGGUCUACAUAUUUUUCUCACACAUGCCAGUGAUCUUGAGCGCCAAGGAGAAUGCCAAGCUUCCAAUCGUGGGUCUCUUUCUUACAGCUCUCCAGAUCAUUCCAGUGGACAGAGCCAUUCGCAGGUCGAGAAGGGACGCAGCAGCUCAAAUCCGGCAACGCGCCAUCGAUAACAGUGGCCUCACGUACUCAUCUUUCCAGAAGGAACUACGACUAAUGAAAAGGCCUUGAUAUCGUUCAAGACGGGGACAUUCGCUCAAGGCCUGCCAA